CUGUAUUUCAUGGGAAUGAUUCUGAAAUGGUCAACCUUCCUUUCAAUACUACCGGAGUUUCUCCAAAUGUUUCUAAAAUACCAGAAAUUUUUUCUUCUCCUUUUGAUCAACCGUUUGAUAAUGUAACACUAAAUGUUCUCAAUGGAUUCUUUGCCCUUAUUUGCAUUUUAGGCCUGGUGGGAAAUGGAAGGACAAUUUAUCUCCUGGCCUUUUCCAUUAAGAGGAAUCCUUUCACCACUUUCAUCCUGAAUCUCUCCAUCGCUGAUUUUGGGGUCCUCACAUCCCUCAUUACUGCAGCUAUAUUUGUGUCAGUGUUUACUUUGAGUCGCAGAACAUACGUUAGCGAUAUCUUUUUCUUCUUACUUUUUGAGCUCUACUGCUUCACCUAUUCUGCCAGCCAGUUUCUGCUGAUGGCCAUCAGCCUGUAUAGGUGUGUGGCUGUCCUCUUCCCACUCUGGCAUCGCUGCCAUCGUCCACCAUAUUUAUCCACUCUUGUUUGUAGCCUCAUCUGGAUCCUGUCCUUCCUGCUCUCUGCAGUGCACUUCAUUCUCCACCAAACCAGGGCCUUUGGAAGUUCACCUGUGCUUUACCAGCUGAUUGUGAAUGGUUUACUUUGUACACCUCUCAUGGUUGUGUCCACUGUGACUCUCUUGAUUCAUAUGAGAUCUAAAUCUCAACGCAAUCAAAGGAAACUUCUCAUCACUAUCUCUCUGGCUCUCCUUUUCUUCCUCCUGCUUUCUCUCCCAAUGAAUGUCUUUUAUGUCAUUGAAUAUUUUGAUACCUAUAAUAUCCUCAUUAUGACCAUUGGGCUAGGAUGUGCCACUCUCAACAGCAGCAUCAACCCACUCCUUUAUUACUUAGUGGGGAGGAAGAAGAAAGGAAAGGAUAAGCACAGAGCAUCUUACAAGGUUGCUCUGCAAAGAGUUUUCAAGGAUGAGAAGGGAAGCUCGGAGCAGCAGGAAACCAUGAAGGAAGACCAGUUAUGAAGACUCAUAAAUAUUGCAUAUACAAUAUUGCAUAUUAAGCUACAAUUUUAUUUGACACAUCAUAGAUGCUUUCCUUAAGAACAUACAGAUGUGAUACAAUUUACUGAGCAAAGUACUUAAGAACAAAACUAUGUAAACCGGAAGUAUUGCUGUGCCCAUAAUUUUCAAUCCAAAGAAGCUGUUUAGCACAAAAUGUGACAUUUUUUUAUCUUGAAAAAUUUCAGACAUGGUAUCAUUCAAUUAUAUUUUAUCACAAGUUUAUUAUUAAUAAUCAUUAAUUAGUGGGUUUCUUUUUUGACAAAACAUAUGUAGCUUCUGUAAUAGUAAGCUUUCUCUCCUGGCACUCUUUUACAAUGAUUUCAAAUACUUUACUAGUUGGCACAAACCUCACCUGGCAGAGUUCGGGAACAGAAGAACCUUAAUAGUCUUUCCUUCUCUUCAGGGUUUGU